UGCGCUGUGUCCCUCGGACACAGCGGAUCACUGAUCAACGGAAAGAGCCAAAGAUUUUGGCUCGGUCAUGUGAUCAGCUGUGUCCAAUCACAGCUGAUCUCAUGGGACAUGUAUACUGAUCAUCAGGACACUGAUGAUCAGUGUAGCCCCAGCAGUGCCACCUCUCAGUGUCCAUCAAUGCCAGCUGUCAGUGCUCAUCAGUGCCACAUCAAUGCCACAUAUCAGUGCUCAUCUGACCUGCCUUUAGGUGUCACCUAUCAGUGCCAGUCAGUGCCACCUAUCAGUGCUGCCAAUCAAUGCCGCCUAUCAGUGCCAGUCAGUGCUGCCUAUCAGUGCCAGUCAGUGCUGACUAUCAGUGCACAUCAGUGCCGACUAUCAGUGCCCGUCAGUGCUGCCUAUCAUUGCCACCUAACAGUGCCACCUAACAGUGCCAGUCAGUGCCGCCUAUCAGUGCCGCCUAUAUGU